UGGAUGAAAUUAAAAUCAAAAAUCCAGAAGAAUCAAUGUUGAUUAAAGAUUUAUGGCAGGUAAAUCGACGAAAUCGUAAUAAACCAAAAUCGAAUGGAUCGUUAUCGAUAUCAUCAUCAGUAUCGGAUGAUAAUAAUUCAACAACAACAACAACAACAACAAUACCAACAACAUUAUUAUUAUUUGAACGUUAUGCAAAUCAACAACAACAACAAACAAUUAAUAAACGACCAUUACGUAUACCGAAAUUAUUAUUACCAAAAGUAAAUCGUCCGGCAAUGUAUAGCCUAAAUGGUUAUGUACCAAAACCUUCGAUUCAACGAACACAGAUGGCGCCAUCUGAAUCAUUAACUAAUUUACGUAAAAAUAAAACAAAACGACAAAGAAAUCGUCAUCGUUAUAAUUCGAAUCAAAAUUAUUCAAUGAGAAAAAGAAAAACAAAAAAAUCAAGACGUCGCCAUUAUCAAUCGAAUGGUCAUUCAGAACCAUCAUCAUCAUCACUAAAUCAACAAAAAUUACGUAAUAAAAAAUUAACCGAUAAAAAUCAUUCAAAUAAUGAUAAUGAUAAUGGCAGUAAUAACGAUGAUUAUGAGGAUGAUGAUGAUUAUUAUCCGGAUGAAAAUGAUAAUGGUCAACAACAUCGACAUUAUGAUGAUAUGAUUGAAACAUCCGAAACAAUUAGCCAUCAUAAUCAUAAUCAUAAUUCAUUGAUACCAUCUAAUCAUCAUCAAUCAGAUAAUAACGGUAAUAGCAAGAAGAAAAAAUCAUCAUCAUUGAAACAACGUAAACCAAUUGCUGGUAUUGGUAGUGGUUCACCAAAAGCAUCAUUAAAUACAAUACCAAAAACAUCAUUCGAAUGUAAUGAUAAAAAAUCUGAUGGUGUUUAUCCAGAUGAAGAAACUGGCUGUCAGGUAUGGCAUAUUUGUCAAAAUGGUCAAAUGCAUUCAUUUCUUUGUCCAAUUGGUACGGUAUUUAAUUCAAAGAAUGGUGUUUGUGAUUGGUGGUAUAAUGUUGCUUGUUAAACGAAUAACAAACCGGCGAAAAACAUCAGCAAUUCAUCAAACAAACAGAAACAAAAACCAUCAAUUUUCAUCGGUUUUAAGGCCAUUUCAUUUUUUGUUUAGCAUCUUGUUUUUUUUC